AGCGAACCCGGUUCCGUCACUCGCUCCCAAUACUCUGAGCGCGCUCACGCCCCACAGCCCAUGAGCGCGCUCUCGCUCUCUCUCCGCGCAGCCGCAGUACCAGCCGGGUGUUAGCAGCGGUCCUGUGCUGGAGCGGCGGCCCUGUGUCCCACUCACUCACUGUAGCCUGUGCCCCCGCCCUGACUGCCCUCAGCUCUCUCCCUUUCUCCCAGCAACCGCCUGCCGUGUGCUGGGUCAGAGCCAGGAAGGAAAGUGCGGCAGCCGGGCCCGCGGACCCUGAAUCCCUCCCGGGGGAUGAGCGGCUCCCGCAAUAACCGGGUCAUGGUGGAAGGAGUGGGAGCCCGGGUGUCCCGGGGGCCGGACUGGAAGUGGGGGAAGCAGGACGGCGGAGAGGGCCAUGUUGGCACCGUGCGCAGCUUCGAGAGCCCCGAGGAAGUGGUGGUGGUCUGGGACAACGGCACGGCCGCCAACUAUCGCUGCUCCGGGGCCUACGACCUCCGGGUGCUGGACAGUGCGCCCACCGGUGUGAAACAUGAUGGGACAAUGUGUGAUACGUGCCGACAACAGCCCAUUAUUGGCAUUCGCUGGAAGUGUGCUGAAUGCACAAACUAUGAUCUGUGCACUGUGUGCUAUCAUGGUGACAAACACCAUCUGAGACAUCGUUUUUACAGAAUUACUACACCAGGAAGUGAACGUGUUCUUUUGGAGUCUCGGCGCAAGUCAAAGAAAAUAACGGCAAGAGGAAUUUUUGCGGGCGCUAGAGUGGUGCGUGGAGUAGACUGGCAGUGGGAAGACCAGGAUGGUGGCAAUGGGAGGAGAGGAAAGGUUACAGAGAUACAAGACUGGAGUGCAUCAAGCCCACACAGCGCAGCCUAUGUCCUCUGGGACAAUGGAGCGAAGAACCUUUACAGAGUUGGAUUUGAAGGCAUGUCGGACCUGAAAUGUGUACAAGAUGCCAAAGGAGGUUCAUUUUACAGGGACCAUUGUCCUGUGCUGGGGGAGCAAAAUGGUAAUCGUAACCCAGGGGGUCUGCUUAUUGGAGACCUUGUUAAUAUUGAUCUGGAGUUGGAAAUUGUCCAGUCAUUGCAGCACGGUCAUGGAGGUUGGACUGAUGGAAUGUUCGAAACACUCACAACUACAGGCACGGUCUGCGGCAUUGAUGAAGAUCAUGAUAUUGUAGUGCAGUACCCCAGUGGAAAUAGGUGGACAUUUAAUCCAGCUGUAUUGACCAAAGCAAAUGUCGUUCGGAGUGGGGACUCUGCUCAAGGUGCAGAGGGAGGAACCUCGCAGUUUCAAGUGGGGGAUCUUGUACAAAUAUGUUACGACCUAGAGAGAAUAAAACUACUUCAGAGAGGCCAUGGAGAAUGGGCUGAAGCUAUGCUUCCUACUUUAGGUAAAGUUGGAAGAGUACAACAGAUUUAUUCUGACAGUGAUCUAAAGGUGGAAGUUUGUGGAACCUCUUGGACAUAUAACCCAACUGCUGUUUCCAAAGUUGCUUCUGUUGGAUCAGCGAUAAGUAGCGCGACCGGGGAGAGAUUGUCGCAGCUUUUAAAGAAACUGUUUGAAACACAAGAAUCUGGAGAUCUUAAUGAAGAACUGGUGAAAGCUGCCGCUAAUGGAGAUGUAGCCAAGGUGGAGGACUUGCUGAAGAGGCAGGAUGUUGAUGUUAAUGGUCAGUGUGCUGGACACACAGCCAUGCAAGCGGCCAGUCAGAAUGGACAUGUAGACAUUUUGAAAUUACUUCUGAAACAAAAUGUAGAUGUGGAAGCCGAGGAUAAAGAUGGUGACCGGGCAGUCCAUCAUGCAGCCUUCGGUGAUGAGGGUUCUGUGAUCGAGGUGUUACACAGAGGUGGUGCAGAUUUAAAUGCUCGUAACAAGCGUAGACAGACUCCGCUCCAUAUUGCUGUAAACAAAGGUCACUUGCAAGUUGUUAAAACCUUAUUGGACUUUGGCUGUCAUCCUAGUCUGCAGGAUUCGGAAGGUGAUACUCCCUUGCAUGAUGCAAUAAGCAAAAAACGUGAUGACAUCCUGGCAGUGUUGCUGGAAGCAGGAGCCGAUGUCACGAUUACGAACAACAAUGGGUUUAAUGCCCUUCAUCAUGCUGCAUUGCGAGGAAAUCCCAGUGCUAUGCGUGUCUUGCUGUCAAAGUUACCACGACCAUGGAUUGUAGAUGAGAAGAAGGAUGAUGGAUACACUGCAUUGCACCUAGCAGCACUCAAUAAUCACGUUGAAGUAGCUGAAUUGUUAGUUCAUCAGGGCAAUGCAAACUUGGACAUCCAAAAUGUAAACCAGCAAACUGCUCUUCAUCUGGCUGUUGAACGGCAGCAUACGCAGAUUGUCAGGUUGUUAGUCCGUGCGGAAGCCAAACUGGAUAUACAGGAUAAGGAUGGCGAUACACCUCUACAUGAAGCCCUUAGGCACCAUACCCUGUCACAGCUGCGCCAGCUCCAGGACAUGCAGGAUGUUGGCAAGGUAGACACUACAUGGGAACCAUCAAAGAAUACACUUAUUAUGGGACUUGGAACGCAAGGUGCGGAGAAGAAGAGUGCAGCCUCUAUCGCCUGCUUUCUUGCAGCCAAUGGAGCUGACCUCACUAUUCGCAACAAAAAAGGGCAGUCUCCCCUUGAUCUGUGCCCUGAUCCCAGCCUCUGCAAAGCUCUGGCUAAAUGCCACAAGGAGAAAUCUAGUGGUCAAGUAGGGUCCCACAGUCCGUCUAUGAUUAACAAUGAUUCUGAGACUCUGGAAGAAUGCAUGGUGUGUUCAGAUCUGAAGAGAGAUACCCUGUUUGGCCCAUGUGGACACGUAUCUACCUGUUCUUUAUGUUCACCACGUGUGAAGAAAUGUCUGCUCUGCAAAGAGCAAGUACAGUCUAGGACUAAGAUUGAAGAAUGUGUUGUAUGUUCAGACAAGAAAGCAGCAGUACUCUUUCAACCAUGCGGACAUAUGUGUGCCUGUGAAAAUUGUGCAAGUCUUAUGAAGAAGUGUGUCCAGUGUCGUGCUCUGGUGGAGCGAAGAGUGCCUUUUGUUAUGUGUUGUAGUGGGAAAGGUACAGAAGAUGUCACAGAUGAUAUAGCCGGGGGAAACAUUCCAGCUUUACAGAAGGACAAGGACAACACCAAUGUCAAUGCAGAUGUGCAGAAGCUGCAGCAGCAGUUACAAGAUAUAAAAGAACAGACCAUGUGUCCUGUUUGUCUGGAUCGGCUGAAGAAUAUGAUCUUCAUGUGUGGACAUGGAACUUGUCAGCUCUGUGGAGACCGGAUGAGUGAAUGCCCCAUUUGUCGGAAGGCCAUAGAGAGAAGAAUCCUAUUAUACAGUAUGUCAUGUUAGGAGACAGAAAACCUUCAUGUAAAGAAACUGAGAUGUUGAGCUCCCAAAGAACAAAGAAGCUAACUUGAUACUUAUGAGAUACUCCAUAAUGAAUGUACACAUUUCAGGUGCCCCAAAGCAAAACAUUCAUGAUGGUUCCUUAAAACAGAAAGAAACAAAAGAUAUUUUUUUUUUAAGGCUACUGACGAUAAUUUUCACAUCACUAAUGUGUUUUAGAAAAUUGUGACAACACUAUUCUCACACUACCAAUAUGUCCCUUGGAUUUUACUCACUGAACAUUCUGAGAACACCCCCCACCCCCCUUCUCCGCUUCUCCUCACCCACUCUCUCUUCUUCUUUUACAUAUAAUUUAUGGUGUAUAAACCAAGUUUUUGGCAGUCUUGGUAAACACAUAAGUGUUCCAUAUUUAAGAUUAUCUCCCUAAGGAAAUCCACCCCAAUCUCCUAGCUUCCUGUGAGCCCUUAGCCUUUACUCAUAGCCAUUGUUGGAACUGAUGUAGAAAUAAUUUUAAAGGAUUUGUCAAAGGCACUUGGUAGGGUAAAUAUUGACACCUGACUGUUUACAGCUGCAGCAACUACUACAGUAGGUCCCUCCUGUCCUUGCUGAGGUUAGAACAUGCUAUAGGUAUGAUUGUGAAACGCAUGAGGUGAGAGUGUGUAAUGGGGUUUCCUUACAGUGAAGACCCUGAGUAGCAUUCUCCACUUUUAUAAGCACAAGGUACACACUUGGUGGCAAAUAAAAAUGCAAGGCUUUCCAAUGCAGUCUAACUUCUGAUGAUCCAGGUUUUGGGUUUAAGCCUGUAUUUUGUAGCUCAAUCAUUAAGGGCAAAAGCUUACUUGAUCUUGUUUUUCAGUAUGAAUACAGACUGUGAAAGCAGGGCCUCACGAUCCUUCUGAGUUUUUAUGUUUUAAGCAGGAGGUGUCAGAAAAGUGACCUAUAAGAGCUCAUAUACUCACUCUUUUGUAAUAGGGAUAUGAGUUGGGGAGCCUCAGCUACAAUUAAGAGAGGUUCAUUCCUGGAGGGUAUAUAUCAUGAUAUAGUUGCAGAAAUUCCUGUUUGCUCUCUCCUGUGGCUUUUUCCUAUUUCUUUGAGAAAGCAAAGUUUUAUUUGUAACUCACACAGAUUAACAUUAACACAGUAAUUGUCAACUCUGGGUUUUAUUUUUGUGUGGGCUUUUUUUUUUUUUUUUUUUUAAUUCCUGUAGCUUCUCCAUGGGGGCAAUUCAGUUAGCAUGCCUGGAUUUCUGCUCGCACACUCAGGUGCACUUAUCCGGUGCGAUGCAGUUUACUGCAACUGAACACCAAUGUGUGCAUCUACUAGGUUAAGUGCAGAGCAUAAUGCAGUCAGUUGAUAGCUCCAGCCACUUAACACGGGAACUACUGUAUAUCCCUGCGCUGCUAAUUGAAUCGCCCUACAAAUGUUCAUGCAACAGUGAUAUCUAUUCUAAAUUUCUCUGAGAAGGCACUGGCACACUUUUUGUUUGAAGUCAUGUUUUAUAUUUCCAAGUGCCCUUCAAGCUAACUAAGCAAAUGGCAUGUUUUAUGUUAAAAUACUAGAGCUCAGAAAAGCUACUUUGUAAUAGCUAGAAAUAUCCAUUGUUUAAAGUUUCUUUUAUAAUCUGUUUAAUAAUUGUACUUGUUUUCUACAGAAUAUUGAAGUGUAGCACAAAUAUUUAUGUAUCAUUUCUACUCUUCCAAAGUUGUGCAUUACAACCUGUAAAUCUGGAUAGGCUCAUGUAUGAAGCUAGGAAAAGUCCCGUAAUGUAAUUUACUUUCAGAGCUUGUCAUUAAAUAGUAGUCAUACCUUUUUUUUUUUUUUUUUUUAAAGAUAAAGAUAAAGAUUAAUGAUUUCAGUCACGCCCUUGCUGUAUUCAUUUCCUAAACCUUUUUUUCAUUUAUUGCUAAUUCUGAAAAAGCAAUUGUGGACGCCCGCUGCCUCUGUAUAUCAUGUUUUCUGUUUAGUUGUCAAAUUGUGCUUUCUGGAAUUUACACCUUAAAUGUAUGCCUUAUGUGUGGCUAGUGAAUGCUGGAACAUUUGGAUUAAAACAGAUUAUUUAUAUUUCUACUACCCUGUUCUGUAAAUUCUAUUGAAGACUGACAUGAUAAUUAAGACUGACAUGAUUAAGUCAUAUCGUAUGACCUUGAAAUCAAAAUAUAUGUAUAGCUUGUACAUCCAAGUGCAAGGCUUCACUUUGACCUGUCUUCAUCUCUCCAUUAAGUCCUUACCAAGAAGGGCUGUUUAAAAAAAGUCUCUGUUUUGCUGCUUAGCUGUUAGUUUUUAUUUUUUUUACAGCAUUCUGUGUUAAACAAAAAAUGUAUACUUUUUAGAAAUUAUAUUUGUUGUUUGUUAUACCCGUUGUUUUGUUAGUAUGUAAUGCCUGUGUUUUGUUACCGCUUGCACCAAUAUUAAUUCUGCACCAGAGAAAUUGGAUUCAUGUUAAAGUAUAAAUCUUACAAACUUACUUUUCAUUCUCAUGUUGUUAGUGCAAGCUUACCUAAAACAUCAGGUAAAAUAUGAUGUAGAAGAUGAUGUGCAAUUCCUGGAUUACAGUACAGUGAAAUCACAAUGGAUGUUACAUUACGUUAGCAUUGCUACUGGAGCCACCACACCAUACAAUGCUCUCUCGUCAUUUGGAGUACUAAGAAUUGCGUUUCUUCCAGAAUUGCUCUGUGUAAAGUCUGUCGCUGUACGUCUCUUUUAUCCUCUGUUCUAGUGAUGCUUUUUUUUGUCUCCCUUUUAUUUUUAAUAUAUAUUUCAAGAUUCAGUUUUGAAAUGUAUAGUUUCUGUAACUGUUUGCUUUAGUCCUGGAAUCAAUUAACUGUUUAAAAACAUUUUGUACAUUACUGAAAACUAUUCAUUGUUUGUUGUAUUACAGCAUGGCUCAAGCUUUAAUAAAUACUAAUAUUUUACAACUGAUAAA